GUUUCAAAAAAUUCAAAUUUGCAGUUUAAGUUACAUUGUAUAUGAACGGUCCCUUCAUUGCAGGGUAAACAGCAAAAUUGAAUUUUUUGAAACCCUGCAGUGUACACCGCAAACUUUAUUCUCUGUGUAUGUACGGUACACGCUGUGGCAACAGCUGUAGAAAAAUCAUGAUCAUUGUUUCAUGAAUCUUUGGUACUAUAGUUUUUUCAAUUUUGUUGAAAAUCAUUCAUUUUUGGAUCAUGUUGACCACAAUGGAUGCUAUAAAUGACCAAAGUAGUAAUGAUGCAUCUAAUUUAAUGAAAUUUGAUGAUUGUUAUGUUGGCUUUCAUAAUGAAGAUAGUAAUCUAGUUUCUAGUGAAUCGAAUGACAAAUGCGGUAUGGAUGAGAAUUCUAUCAACAAUGGCAACAAUAAAAUGUUUUAUUUGCAACCAAAAAAUUGUUAUUGUGGCCAAGAUCGUAAUCCAGGCAAAGUAGAAUUACUUUGUGCUAAAUGCAUGAAAUGGUUCCAUGAACGUUGUGUCAAUCCUGGAUUGGCGCAUCGGUUGAUCCCAUUUCUAACUACUUAUGUAUUUUUCUGUAGAAAAUGUUCACCAAACAGUUUAGAAUCAUUUAAACGAACCCCAACAAAUUUCUCUCAAAUUUGUCAGACCGCAAUAGCCAAUCUAAUACAUGUCCAUUCGUCUGAAGAACAGAUAGCAUUUUCCAAAGACAAAGAAAUUAUCCCGUUCAUUGAUGUUAAUUGGAAUAUUCUGGCCAAUAAACCGAAGCCGCAGAAAAAUACUUGGCAUUCCUCAGUCGCAAAAACAAUGCAAAAAGAUAGCGAUACAUUCGUAUGUAAUGAUGAUCUGAACAAUUUACAUGUCACACUUCGCGAUCGUGAUCUUAGCCGUAUUGCUCCAAACUAUGAAAACCUAAAAAAUCUCAAGGAACUUAAUGGUGGACAAAAUGCCAACGCCAAUAUAAGUUCACGUUCAUUGCGUGGUAUGAAAAAACGAACCGGUCAAUUGGAAGUUGGAAAUGAAAUGAUACCAACAAAUAAACGACAAAAAUCUGAACUAUCCAUACCGAAAUUACCAGCCAGUGGAUUUCCAUCGGAAUUUCUUUUCAACAAAGAAGGGUUUCGUUACAUAUUGGCUGAACCAGACGAUAAUGCACCUUCACGAAAAGAAUUUGAUGAAAGGCACGAAUUUGCUGGCAAGCAAAUACCAGGUUUUUUGUGUCGAAAGUUGAUGCCAGAAAAUAUUUUGCUAUCAAUGAAUGAUCGUGCUCAUUAUUUAAAAAUAUCUGAAGAUCGUAAAACUGUGACGGGCGAAAAAGGCUAUAGUUCCAUACGGGCGACUUAUGGUGUAUCACAUGGUACUUGGUAUUAUGAGGCACGAAUUAUCGAUAAGUCCGAAGAUAGUGCAUGUCGGAUAGGCUGGGCACAAGAAUUGGCACAGUUGUUCACACCUAUCGGGUAUGAUAAGUUUGGCUAUUCUUGUCGAUCAUUAAAGGGUACAAAAUUUCAUGAAAGUAUUGGUAAACAUUAUAUGGAAGGUGGAUAUGGUGUAGGAGAUGUACUCGGUUGUUUAAUUCAUUUACCGCAGCCGAAAGAUUUGAUCAGCGCUACCAGCAUAUUGCCAAAAACAUAUAAGGAUAAACCUUUAUUUAAAUUUAAAUCGUUCCUAUAUUUUCAAGAAAAAGACGAACCAAUUCGUGAAGCUGUAGCUAAAUUGAAAUCAUUGGAAGCAGCUAAAAUUGUCUACUUUCGAAAUGGGCAGAAAAUCGGUAUCGCAUACAACAAUAUAUACAGUGGCCUUUACUAUCCAGCAGCUAGUUUGUUCAAAAAUAUUUCACUGAAUUUUAAUUUCGGUCCACAUUUUCAAUGUCCACCAGAUGAUGAUGCUGAAUUCGGGCAAUCAUAUCGUCCAAUGAGUGAUGCCGUUUUUGAUACACAAAUUGAACAAACAUUAGCUGAUGUCAUAUAUCUGGUAGAAAAUGAAGGGAAGCUUAGCCUUGAUGUUUUUUAUCAAAAUUAGUCUCAGCUUUUUUAGGAAAAUUUUCUUAUUUGUAAUAUUUCUUCGGAACAUUUUUGUACAAAGCUUCAAUCCAAUCGAUCUGAUCGAAAAUAACUUGUCUUAAGCAUUCAAUAUAAAAUGAUAGAAUUAAAUAUCUUUGUUUUGGAGCUACAACCAGAUCGUGUAAGGGCAAUCGCCGAAAUCGUAUCCUAUCAUCACCAUUCGAUUCAUUUUUCUUAUAUUCGAACAUAUUUUCAAUAAAUUUCAAUUUCAAACCCUUUA